UAAUCACAAGCCAAAAGUACUACACCUAAUAUCAAUCUUUUCGUCAUGAAAGUCAAUUGCUCCAUUCAGAAAUUAGUUUUCGUUCGAUUGUGUUGUCGAGAGGUUGUAUUCGCGAUUUAAAACAAAAAGAUUUAAAAACAAUUGAAAAGACGUGAUUGAAAAUUGAAAAUGAGCACUUUGGGCCGGCUGAGAAAACUAUGGAGAUUUUUUUUAAUAAUUCUCACACCCAUACUGUUGCUGCCGGUCAUCUUCUUGGAUCAAGAACAAAACGAAUCAAAAAAGUUCCAAUGUGCUUACGUAAUUUUGCUGAUGGCGGUGUUUUGGAUGCUUGAACUGUUGCCACUGGCAGUCACAGCUUUACUUCCCGUUGUACUUUUUCCUUUUUUCGGCAUUCAGAGCACAGGAGCUGUAGCCGCCAAUUAUAUGAGAGAAACAGCGAUGAUGUUCAUCGGAGGUAUCAGUUUAGCUCUGGGUAUACAAUAUUCUGGCCUACACAAACGAAUCGCUUUGAAAAUUAUUCUUGCAAUUGGUUCCAGUCCGUGGCGUUUGCUGCUCGGCAUCUUAGUCACAUCGAUGUCUAUCUCUUGCGUUGUUGUUGUAAAUACUGCUGUGGCAGCAAUGAUGGUACCAAUCAUAAAUGGAAUAGUGGAAUGCUUCGAUGAAACGGAGACGAGAGAGCAACGAAAGAAAUUGAAGAAAGUGUACUUUCUAGCGGUGGGAUAUGCAGCUAACAUCGGUGGCACUGCGACCAUCAUUGGAUCCCAACCCACACUUAUAUACAAAGAAUUGAUCGAGCAAGUAAACGUCGGACAGGAUGGUAAAUACACCGAUCUUAACUUUGCUACAUACAUUGCCUUCAGUAUGCCGAUCGCUAUCAUUAACUUGUUUAUCGUUUGGAUAAUUCUAAGCCUAAUUUUUCUGGGUCGACCUGAUACCUCUAAACGGAAUGGAAGCGUUCGGUCUGAUGCGAACAACACUCAAGGAGCAAUUUUGGAAGAUUCCAGUCAGAAUGUUGCCAAAUUAUUACGUCGUAAAUUGGAUGAGCUAGGCAAAACAUCCUUCCACGAGAAAGCUGUGAUUGUUCUCAUUACGGUCGCGGUUGUUUUGUGGCUAUUCAGAGAUCCACGUGUGAUACCUGGAUGGAUUUCAAUUUUCCCGGACACCUAUCCCAAAAUUGGGGACGCAACUGUCGCAAUCGCCAUUUUGAUCUUGAUGUUCAUCAUUCCGAAGGAGAUAAAAUACUUUCGGGGAGAAUUUGCUGGUAAAUUAGACGCCAUCCUCAGUUGGCCAUUUAUUCAAGAACACUUUCCAUGGCAUGUCAUUUUCAUUGUUGGAGGCGGUCUGGCCAUUUCGGAUGCAGCGAAUGCAUCUGGUCUGGCAGUUUGGCUCGGUGACCAGUUUAUUGGGCUCGAGAAUUUGUCGCGGUACGUGGUGCUUCUGCUAAUUGUUGUGAUCAUAUCAUUUUUAACGGAGUUGAUGUCAAAUGCGGCGGCUGUGAGUCUGUUGACGCCGAUUUUAAUUGCUUUGUCGAAGCGAUUAGAUCUGCAUCCAUUAUAUUUGUCUCUGCCUGGAGCUAUUGCUGCCCAGUAUGCAUUUAUGCUUCCCACAGCCAAUCCACCGAAUACUAUCGUGUUCGCUGCCGCAAACAUGAACAUAAUCGACAUGGCCAAACCCGGUGUUUUCAUAAAUUGUGCUUGCAUAACGGUCCUCUACUUAUUGAACAUCUCAUGGGGAGAGUUCGUUAUUUUUGACUACAACAAUUAUGAGUAUCCCAAGAAUUAGUCAAUUUGCUGGCCAAAAUUGCAAAUCCAUUUCAAAUAAAGGAAACUAAAUUUUAAA